CCCAUCUCAAGUACUUGCAUGUUUCACCAGACCUCCAAUGGCCGCGCGACAGAAGUUGCAAGUGCCUGGCGGCUCCGCUCCUUUGUCCCGAAACAGCUCCAAGAAGCUCACGCGCUCAGGGUCGAAACUGGGCAAAGCCUCGAAGUCCUCCAGUCGCCUCCCACAAGAGCCCGCGCUGCCGGGCGGCUGGCAGACCUCCACUGAUCGUUUGAGGUUCUUGCAGAAGCUGGAUCGCCAUGGCCCGUACCGGGAGAACGAACGCCUGGAGCGUUUGGAGGCGUUGAUGGAGCUCAGGGCGCAUGCGCUGAGGUAUCAGAAUUGCUGGCACCUUUGGAAAGAUGAAGAGGUGAGGGAUUGCCUGCUUGAUGCUCUUGAAGCACCCGAUCCAGAGAGGGGAAAGAGCCUCUAUGUGGAAGAAGGUCCACCUCCUAAUCACCCUUCUGUCCGGACAGCAGCCUUUGGCAUUCUGGUCCAGCUGGCCUUAGAUGAGGCGGUACGAGAAGAGAUGGCACAACAUGAGUUGCUCCGAGCCAGUGUGGUUGAAGCUUUAAGGCCGGAGAUGAAGGAAGAUACUGUAAGUGGGGCCAGCCUAGAGGGCAGUCCCACAGCAAGUAAUCCAGCAAGUCCCGCAAGUAGUAGGCCUAUGAGCCCAACUUCAGUAGGUAGUCCAACAAGCGCAGAAGAUGAGACAGUUGAGAUUGAGAUGGGAACUCCGAUCCCAGCUCAAAGCCGUGCGCAACAGCUUCUGGCAAUGUUGCUACCGUCCCGAGUAUGUGCGAAAGUGCUUCAAAGAGCAGCUCCAGAUGACGAAGACGAAGACGAAGACUUCAUUUGGAUGGAGGAGAGUGAAGAAGAGGAGGAGAUGGAGGACGAUCCGGUGCUCGACCCCACCAAGGACCCCACGGGCGAGAUGAGCAGUGACCUAGGGCAGAUGGACUCGGUGGACAAGGCUGAAGCUCAACCAGAAGCGCCAGCAGAGGCUGAAGGAGGCGCCGAAAGUGAGGCUGAUCCAGAUGCCCUCCUUGCAGAGGUGGAGGACAUUUUGACCGCUAAAAAACCCUCUUCAGACGAGGAUUUGUUGGACGCCUUGGUCACUGCAGCAUGUCCAGAUGCUGAGCAGUUGCUGCAGUUGGACUCUCUUCCUCCAUGGCGACCCGGUGCAGCGCUCGCGCGCCGGCUGGACUCACUGUGGACCCUCGCAGCGACACGGGACAAUGCCGAGAGCGGGCAGCUUUGCAGGUUCGAACGCGUGAAAGAAGCCUUGCUCUUCGGUGCCGAUGUGACACAGCCAGAUUGUGUUCGGAUCAGCGCGCUUGGUGCAUUGACCGCUUUGAUGGCGAGAAAUGAGAACAAGCAAUCCAUGUGGCAAGAUCCAGAAGUGCAAAAAGUCUUAGUUUCAGGUGCUGCAGACCAGAUCUUUGCGCCGAGUUCAGAGGUGUCUCAGCACCAGCUCCGCCCCCAAGCGACAGAACUACGCUUGCAGGCCUUGUUAGGCUUAUCGAUGCUAGCUGAAUGCGAUGAGCUUCGCCCAGAGAUUUGGCAAGACCAACGACUGGUGGCCUCGCUGCAGGAUGCCGUCGAGAAGCCAGGACCCUUAAGACCCAUCGCUUUACAAGUGCUUCAGCACCUCUCGCAGUCGUGGGAGAACCGGGAGGACAUGAUCAAGGCGGAGAUCCCGAAGCUCAUCGGGGCAGCACUGCCAGAGGUGGACAAGCGCAUGGCACGGGCAUGCGAAAUCACGCGUGACCGGUUGCUGGCAGCUUGAGUGCAUGUGACCAGCUAUGACUAAAACAGCUGCGUUCGAUGAAUAAAACAGCUGCGAACUCGCAAGAAGUCUACCCUCCUUCCAGGAAAUCAUGGAAGCGGACCAGGACCCCCGGAUGUAGAGG